AUGCGGUCCAGCUGCUCCCUGCUAUUCUGCCUACUGCUCGUGUCCCAUGGGUCCUCAGCAGUCAUCACAGGGGUAAGUGGAAGCCAACAGGUUCUUGGAGCCAGCUAGUUAUGAAUGGAUGAUACUACAGAAACUUCAUCUUUUGUUAUGGUAAGCUUGAUUUGGCUGAAUAUGAAAUAAUUAUCAUAAUUUAUCCAAAACGGAAUGAUAACAGGGGUGAAAAUAUGCACAAAAUAGAAUAGAUUCUUAGUAAAUGAUCUCAGAGUGCCAUGAGAAGCCUCUCAUGAAGAAACAAUGAAGUUACAGCCUGUAUAACAGCAUGUUUGAUUUACGUAUAUCAUUAUCAAUUCCAGCCUGGCUAGACCCAGAGAUGAACAUUUGCGUUAUGUUGCAGCAAGUCUGAGUAUCUUCUCAAUCAAUGUGACGUUAGUCAGCUGUGCGAUUGCCUUGGCAACCCAUAUUGAAGAGCACAAUUGCUGUCUUUAAGUAAAAAAAAUUAAUUAACUGUGUAACCACAAUAGUUCCUUCUGGGUGAACCAGUGUCAGAUAAUACAUUUAUCCAACAUACUGUAUCUAUACCUAUCUAUAUGGAAUAAUUUGGACAAUUCAUGUUCCUUGAAUAUGGAUUUAAAUAGGAAAAAAGUUGUAAUAUAUUAGUGGUCCUAGUUUUUAUAACUAAAGCUAAGCUUUUGCAGAGGCAGUACGAUGCAGGUACGCAUUGUUGCAUAGUACCCAUGGUACUUCAGGUACCAUGCAACAUGUUUGCUAUUGAUUAUUUUUAUUUAAAAAAUAUAUACACUGCUCAAAAAAAUUAAGGGAACACUUAAACAACACAGUGUAACUCCAAGUCAAUCACACUUCUGUGAUAUCAAACUGUCCACUUAGGAAGCAACACUGAUUGACAAUAAAUUUCACAUGCUGUUGUACAAAUGGAAUAGACAACAGGUGGAAAUUAUAGGCAAUUAGCAAGACACCCCCAAUAAAGAAGUGGUUAUGCAGGUGGUGACCACAGACCACUUCUCAGUUCCUAUGCUUCCUGGCUGAUGUUUUGGUCACUUUUGAAUGCUGGCGGUGCUUUCACUCUAGUGGUAGCAUGAGACGGAGUCUACAACCCACACAAGUGGCUCAGGUAGUGCAGCUCAUCCAGGAUGGCACAUCAAUGAGAGCUGUGGCAAGAAGGUUUGCUGUGUCUGUCAGCGUAGUGUCCAGAGCAUGGAGGCGCUACCAGGAGACAGGCCAGUACAUCAGGAGACGUGGAGGAGGCCGUAGGAGGGCAACAACCCAGCAGCAGGACCGCUACCUCCGCCUUUGUGCAAGGAGCAGGAGGAGCACUGCCAGCAGGAGGAGCACUGCCAGAGCCCUGCAAAAUGACCUCCAGCAGGCCACAAAUGUGCAUGUGUCUGCUCAAACGGUCAGAAACAGACUCCAUGAGGGUGGUAUGAGGGCCCGACGUCCACAGGUGGGGGUUGUGCUUACAGCCCAACACCGUGCAGGACGUUUGGCAUUUGCCAGAGAACACCAAGAUUGGCAAAUUCGCCACUGGCGCCCUGUGCUCUUCACAGAUGAAAGCAGGUUCACACUGAGCACAUGUGACAGACGUGACAGAGUCUGGAGACGCCGUGGAGAACGUUCUGCUGCCUGCAACAUGGCUGGAGUGUGUCAGCAGUUCCUGCAAGAGGAAGGCAUUGAUGCUAUGGACUGGCCCGCCCGUUCCUCAGACCUGAAUCCAAUUGAGCACAUCUGGGACAUCAUGUCUCGCUCCAUCCACCAACGCCACGUUGCACCACAGACUGUCCAGGAGUUGGCGGAUGCUUUAGUCCAGGUCUGGGAGGAGAUCCCUCAGGAGACCAUCCGCCACCUCAUCAGGAGCAUGCCCAGGCGUUGUAGGGAGGUCAUACAGGCACGUGGAGGCCACACACACUACUGAGCCUCAUUUUGAAUUGUUUUAAGGACAUUACAUCAAAGUUGGAUCAGCCUGUAGUGUGGUUUUCCACAUAAAUUUUGAGGGUGACUCCAAAUCCAGACCUCCAUGGGUUGAUAAAUUUGAUUUCCAUUUAUCAUUUUUGUGUGAUUUUGUUGUCAGCACAUUCAACUAUGUAAAGAAAAAAGUAUUUAAUAAGAUUAUUUCAUUCAUUCAGAUCUAGGAUGUGUUGUUUAAGUGUUCCCUUUAUUUUUUUGAGCAGUGUAUAUACUGUAUCUAUAGUUUUAGCAGAAUUUACUAAAGGAGUUCGUAAUACCUCUAUGGUUAUAAACUUGGGCAUACAUUGUUUUAUCAGCUUUAAUGACAAUUUGGUAUCUAUUUUGGGUAUGAAAUAUAAUAGAUAAAAAACUAAAAAGUGCCAGAACAGUGCAGGCAUAUAGGGAUGUUAAUAUGAAUUGAGAUAAGUACAAGCAGCCAUGAAACAGAGUCAGAUUUUCCUCAGAGACUGUCACAUUAAAUCAUCCCCUCUUUACCUCAUCUCGAUCCUUCAUUUCAUUCAAAGUGAGAGCAGUCACUCAAGUUGUUCAAAUCCCUAUGAGCAAUUUCAGGUUCCUUUUUUAUAAAAAGCUUUUAUCAUAUAGCAGCCCAGUCAUUCCCAACAUAAAUCAAUAUCUGUACAAAUGGUUUGGCUUAGACUGAGAAGUAUUUGGAAAAUACAAAGUCACUUUUAAUGCCUCUCAGUUCUCUCUAAAGCUUGGUUUUCUUCUUUCAAUUCUAUAAUAUUGUGUGUGAUCUCUCCAGGCCUGUGUGAAGGACUUGCAGUGUGGAGGGGGGAUGUGCUGUGCGGUCAGUCUGUGGAUCAGGAGCCUGAGGAUGUGUGCCCCUAUGGGACAGGAGGGAGACGAGUGCCACCCCAUGAGUCACAAGGUGGGCCAAGUUUUGUACAUCUCUUCUCGGUAUUACUCCACAUCAAUCUCUCAGUCUCUACUUAAUGUUUAUUGGAACAGCAGAAAGAGUCCUGAUAUCCUUACAAAAUAUGUCUUGUCUUUUGUCUCGAGGGUAUAACAUUUUGUCCACCUACUGUAUGCAUUUAUGUCUCUGUUUCCAGGUUCCCUUCUUUGGCACAAGACUACAUCACACAUGUCCAUGUCUGCCAAAUUUGGCAUGCAUCACCACAUCAGAGGGCAAAUCAAAAUGUAUUUCAACGUACAACUACCCAGACUUCUACCUCUGA